AUGGGGAAGCAAAAAGCUAGCAAGCGCCGGGGAUGCGCCUUGUCGGCUCUGAUUGCAGGGACACUGCUUCGCAAGAGGGCAACGCCUGCCGCGAUGUCUUUUGUCCAAAGUGGCGAUCGACUCAGUGCGAGGUCGCACUGCCUGCCCCGUCCGGGCAGCGUGGCUCCGUCUCGCGGAAGGAUGACAAUGCGGGCGAACGGUGGAACUUUUUCACCUUUGCUGCUAGCUUCAGCAGCUGGUCUCACGACUGGGACCAUUGUGGUAAUGCUGAACGACUUUGUGCACCUGCUACAAGAUUUUCUGAUGGAAUUGCCGGGCCUGAGCUUGCUGGCCCCCAUCAUCUCAGCGUCCUUCGUCAGUUUGCUAUUGCUGGCCAGGGGUGCCAAAGGUCUUUCUGGGAGCUCUGACCUUGCCUCUUUGAAGGCAUCAGGCGGAAAGCCACCUGAGGAUAGCACAGAGGCACCUUUACGGGCUUUGGCCGCUGGCUUGACACUGGCAGGAGGGAAUUCCCUAGGGCCAGAGGGGCCAAGUGUGGAGAUCGGCGCGAACGUGGCUGCCAGAUUAUCCGCAUACCAGGAGCGCGAUGAAGUGGACGUCGAGACUUCCCUGCGCCAGAACUUGCUUGCUGCGGGCUGUGCCAGUGGAAUUGCAGCUGGCUUCAACGCUCCAGUGGCUGGCCUCUUCUUCGCUCUAGAAAGUAUUCAGUCCAACUGUGGGCCUGAAAGUGCUCGGGCAAAAGGCCCCCCAAUGCAGCUGUUGGCUGCCGUGUUGGCUGCAACGGUAUCACAGCUCGGUCUCGGCUCUAGCCCUGCGGUGGAUCUGGAGUUCUUUGGCUGGGUCCCAAGCCGCUCUCUCUGGGAGAUGCCGGUUUUCAUAUUUUUGGGCUUCCUCUGCGGCCUGGCAGCCUUUGCUUUACGUGCGACGCGGCAAGCGGCCAAGCAAACCUUCACCUGCUUGGAAGACUUCGGUGCCCCGAGGUUCACUUUUCCAGUGCUAGCCGCAGCCGUGGUAGUCGUCGUCUCUGUUUACGGAAACGUGGGGGAGGUCCUUUACAAGGGCUUCGACAACGUGAAUCUGAUAUUGAAAGAAGUGGAUGGCUCGCGGCAGCCACCGGAUGCUUUUGCGGGGGAUUAUCUCACACACCUCUUGGUGCUAAUCGUGGCCAAGAUUUUCCUGACGUCUGUGUGCCAGUCCUCUGGGCAGGUGGGCGGCCUCUUUGCACCAGCGCUCUUCAUCGGUGCAUGUUUGGGAGGUUUGCUAGGCCGCAGCCUGCGAGAUUUUCUAUGGCCUUUGGCCCUCUGGCUGCCUGAGUUUUUCAAAAGCGACGGUCCAUUUGUAUUUUCAGUUCCUGCCACGUAUGCCGUUGUUGGCAUGGCUGCUUGCCUGGGCUCCGUGUGCAACGUGCCGUUGACAGCAGUGGUGCUUCUGCUGGAGCUGGCUGGCGGAAAGGAUUACGGAGUAGUGCUCCCGACGGUGGCGGCUGUAGGUGUGGCUGUGUACGUGGAAGACGCGCUAUCUAGAGCGCCGAAGCUGAUGAGAGAUCCUCCGGUGAGAUCUCCGGAGGAGCCUCGUACUGUUGCGAGCCCAGGAGGUGAACCGUUGAGGCUUCUGUGUACCCGCACGGCAACCGAACCGCGACAAGGCGCAGUGUCUGCAGUGAUGCCGUCGCUGCCGCUUCAAGACGCUCGGAAGGAGCUUCUUCGGCUUGGUCCUGGAGCACGGCUUGCGGUGCUCGAGGACCUGCCGCCACUUGACGUUGCGUGCGGCUCUCAGACUGGUGAUGGUCACGAAGGCGUCAAGGUCAUUGAAAUCAGCGAUGAGGAGACCAAUGACGGGGCCGCUCGUUCCGAAGGCUAUUGCUGCUAUGUGCUGCGGUCAGAUACCUCGGUCCGUGCCAGGACCUACACCGGCAUCACGACGGACCUUGGCAGGCGGCUGCGCCAACACAACGGCGAGCUGCGGGGCGGGGCACGCGCUACGCGCCGUGGUGGCCCCUGGCGGGUUCUGUGCGUAGUACGAGGCUUCCCCAGCAAAGAGGAUGCCGCUCGUUUCGAAUGGCGAGCAAAGCGUGAACGCGCUGUGAGCUCUCGAAAGCUGAUUCCGCUGAAGGGUGGUCUGCACCGGCGCUGCCAGAAUCUUUGCCAUGUCCUCCGCGAAGAACGCUGGACGAAGAGCAGCCGCCCCGCAAAGGAGCUGCCCUUGGAGGUGACCUGGUUUGGAGGUGCACCCUGGCAGCACGUGGCGAUGCCGUCCUAUAUCUCCACAGAGCGUUUGGAGGGCGACUUCCGGGCCUCGCCGCCAAAAGUGCCACAAGCGCCAAAGCGCCGAAACGCGAAUGCGAAGGCGACGGCGAAAGAGGUCUACGACCCAACAAUGGCUGAUAGAUCCAUGUUGCCGCCAGCGAAUUCGAGAAUGCAGCAGAUGAUGGACUUGGGCUUCGAUGAUGCCAAUCAUCCUGAAAUGGAAGAGAAGUGCAGCCAACUUGCCGAGCAGCUGGAAGCAAUUCAGGACCAGCUGCAGGAGGUUCAGGCGGAGCUCAAGCGAGCCAAAGGAGAUGAGGCGAAGAUGGCCCUGAAGCUGCAGAGCUUUCAGCAGGUCAAUCGCUCACAGAAUGCGCUUGUGAAAGGCGAGCUCCAGAAGACCAGAAGAAAGCUGGCACACAUGCAGUCUGUGGCGCAGCGCUUGAAAGACCAAGCGGCCUGGUUCCAGUCAAAGUCGCCGAACCUUUCGCUCCCCGGGGAACUCCAGCGAAUGCCCACAGAGGAGGAGGCGGCAGAGGAGCACGCAGAGCUGACCCAGCUUCAUGAGCGCUGGGAGAAGGAUGUGGCGCAGCUGGCUGCGGACUUGGAAGGGCGGCCAAGACCAGGCAACGGUGCGGAGGCGCAAGAUGCGCAGACACGUAUCGAGCAGCUGGAGCAGUUGGCGAAGAAGCAGGCCAAGCAGCUUGAUCAGCAGGGGAAAGAGCUCGAGUACUUCAAGGGAGGUGCUCAGGCAUCUCCAUCCUCCUCUGAGACGCUGAGCACAAGUGGCAGCUUUGAAGAGGUUGCAUCACUCCGAAAGGACCUUGAGGCAGCCGAGGAAAAGACAAAGGAGCAAGUUAAAAAGCUCAAGCAGUUGGCGACAGCCUAUAAGAAGCUUGACUCUGAGAAGGGGGAGUUGGAGGCAAGACUGAGAUCAGCUGGCGGGAGGGCACUUCCUCCGCAUGUUGUGGCCAAAGUGCAAGCCGCAAUUGCAGCAGGGAAGAAGCAGGUCUCUGACAUGCGAGCCACGGUGGCACUGGAAAUCCAGCAGCAGCUGCCGCAGGUUCUGGAAGAGGUCAUGCGAACCAAGGCAGGUGAAUUGCAGAAGUUGCUGGAUGCAGGCGCUCAGGAGUGGAAGGAAAAGUACACUAUCGAAUGCGAUAGAAGACGCAAGUUGCACAACCUCGUGCAGGAACUCAAAGGUAACAUUCGAGUCUACUGCCGGGUACGUCCCAUGACGGAAGCAGAGGCAGCGCACGGCUGCUGCAUAAGCUUUCCAGGGCCGGAUGAGAUCCAGAUCAGCAAUGCAGACAUGGGCACCAAGAAGUCAUUCCAGUUCAACGAGAUUUACCGACAGAAUGCUAGUCAGGAAGAUCUUUUCACUGGUAUUCGAGACUUGGUAGUUUCAAUGCUGGAUGGUUACAAUGUUUGCAUGUUCGCCUACGGUCAGACUGGAUCUGGUAAAACGCAUUCCAUGCAGGGGACAAAGCAAAAUCCGGGUGUCUACACCCGAACCUUCAACGAGCUCUUCAAGGUGGCCAGAGAGAGAGCUGGCUGGAAGAUUGAGCUGAAGGGGGCUUGCGUAGAGAUCUACAAUGAGGAGAUCCGGGACCUCCUGCUCGGACCCAACGACAAAAAGCAAAAACUUCAGGUGAGGCAGGGCAAGGAUGGGAACUAUGUCCCUGGACUGACGAUGCAGCAGGUGAACACUGCGGAGGAAGUUGAGAUGCUGCUUAGCACAGCGCAGACGAAUCGGACAGUAGCAGCCACCGACAUGAAUCUCCACUCUUCGCGCUCUCAUCUGGCUGUCCAGAUCCUGGGAACAAUGACCAACCCUGAUGGCAAGCAGUUCUCGUCCGCCAUUACGCUGGUAGAUCUGGCCGGCUCUGAGCGCCUGGCCAAGUCUGGUGUUUCAGGAGACCGCGCCAAGGAGGCUAUUGCCAUCAACAAGUCCCUCAGCUCACUGGGUGACGUCAUCGCUGCGAGGGCGCAGAAGCAGGGCCACACGCCGUACCGGAACUCAGUGCUGACGCACUUCCUUCAGGACUCCUUAGGCGGUGACUCCAAGACCCUGAUGCUGCUCCAGCUGAAUCCUUGCGGCAGCCACGUCGAGGAGUCCAUGUGCUCCCUGAACUUUGGGGCGCGCGUGAAUGCUGUCGAGAUGAAGAAGUCCUGA